CAUCACUCCUCGCGACGAACCUCCUUCAAAGCUCAUCGUCGCCUCAAGCGGAGAAAGCGGCAGAAGCUCACUCGUCAAGCCGCUUGUCGAGCGUCGUCUUCGACCACGCCCACGACCCGAUUUGAGGCUCUCCAGGACCGCCCAGCGUUGAACAGCCCCCCCGUAGCAGCGGAUUCGCCGCCUCGAGGACCCCAGAGACCUUUCCCAGUGCCGAAGGCCGUGACCCAGGCAGUUUGCGGUUGGUGAUUCAGGCGCUGCAGCGCUGGUGUUGGCUUGUUGGCUCGUCUUCGCCGUCGUCUCGGACGCUCCAUCUAUCCUCUCCUCUCCUUGACGCCUCUUGCGCCAAGACUGUUCCACAGGGCUGGCACGACCCGGCGAGGACCGAGCGCCCUUGAAACAGCUAAACCUUCUUUGACGCUUCGAUCAAGAUUCGACUCCCAAAAAGUCAACAGAACCUUUCAUCAACGCUUGCCUCAGCGCGACGGCGUGCAGCACGACGUACAGACUCUGCCGCCCGCAUGAGCGCUGGAGCAUGCGAUGUCUCGAUACAGCGAUCGAGACUCGAGACCGCCGCCUCCUCGUGAGCGAUCACCGGCGCGAAGCUACAGGCCUGGUGGCUCGUCCUACUCAACCUUCAGCUCUCGACCUAGAGACUUCGGCGGCCCGUACAAUGACGCUCCGCGCGGUCCUCGGGGCGUGAGCGAUGCUUCCAGACCGCCGUUGUCCAAUGCGCCCAGGGGACGCAGCGGUUUUGGGAGCCGCUUCGAGCCACGUGAUUCGCGCGACGUUGGAUUCAGCAACGACAGACUGUACGAAGGUGGCGACAGGUACGAUCCACGGCGCAGGUCGCCAACGCGUGAUCGGCGAGACUCUCGCGACGUUCCGAGACAGUUAGACACGGACCGCGCUGCCCGCCAGGAACGUGGCGAUGGUCCUCCUUCAGCUGGUUCGAACGCAUCGGAUGCUGCUUUCAGGCCGUCUGGAUCGUCCUUCCGGAGUGGAUAUGCUCGCGGCCGGAGCAGCGACUUUCGCGACAGAGGAAGGCCUCGCAGCAGGUCCAGAGAGCGACGCGAGAGAGAUCGAUCAAACGACUCGCGCGAUCUGGGCUACAGAGAUCGUGAGCGCGCCAACGACGCCCGAUACGGUCGCGAUCGUGCGGACGACCGAGACACCUAUCCCAGGCGCUCGGAUCUGCCAAGUCGGAUCGAACCCAGAGACUUAAAAGGGCAAGGGGAAAGUCGCGGCCAAACAUCUCAGUCGGCGCCGCAGACCGAUCGGCCACAAGGGCCUCACCAGGCGCCACCUGAUAGACCUGUUGGUGAGUUCCGACGUGACCAAGACCUUUCAAGACGAGGUUCUGCAGUGUCCGACAACAGCAGAGAUGCACGCCGUGAAAACGAUAGGCCCGAUUCAAGCGCUGGACGUUCAGAUUCGCAACGGGCGAAUCGCCCGGCUUCGCCGCCACCUGCUGUCCCUGCUGUACCAGCGUUUGGAUUUCGAACCCCAGCACCUUUCUCAAGCGUCACAUCACUAUCGUGGAAGAACCCUGAAUUGCAAAAGCCUCCCCCAGCGUCCGGGCCUGCGCAACCUUCAAAGCCGGCUCCCACCGCGCCCAAAGCAUUAUCGGUCGCACCUCCCACUGCACCCAAAGCGGACCGGGUCUUGGAGAAGACUCCUUCUCGUGAGUCACUAGCUAAUGCUGUCGAGGAAUCGAAAGAGAGGGCUACGUCCGCGGGUGCGUCACCCUCGCCUCGUCUCGCCUCUGCCGCCGCACCCGACGGGACACAACAAGCAAAGUUUUCGCCCGCAGCAGCGACGAGCUUUCUCAACCCCCCAUCCGCGCCUCGUGCUAUGACUUCUCCGCAGCCAUCGUUUGGCCGGGCGGGCGUUGUUGGCGGUUUUGGACGUGCCACGUCUCCUGUAGCAACGGCCGCGAUUCCAACCGGACCUAAGGCUUCUGCUCCCGUCAAUGCCUCACCCCGCAUGAUACCUGGUGCAAUUCCAACAGGACCGAGAGCUGAAAGGGGUGCGCCUCCUUCUGCUCCUCGUAACGCCCCCCCAGCGCCAAAACUAUUCAAGUCGAGCUCGCAACUAUUUCCUAGAGCUUCGGUCGUGCCGAGUAAGCGGGAUAUCAAUGGUCUCGAACGCGAACGUGGUACCACAAAUGAACACCGGCUGGGUGAAAUACCACCACAGGGAACUCCCUCGGCGCAAAGCGUUGGCAAUGGAGAUGUGCCUGUGCCAGUAGAAGUGGACAAGUCAGUUGUUAAACAAGAGACCGCCACUGCCACUGCACCACAAGAGAGUGCGCCACAAGAAGAUGUCGACAUGGCCGAUGUUCCAGCUGAAGAGUCCAAGAGAUCGCCUACUGUAGAGGAACAGUCCCAUUCUUUCCCAAUCAGCGAAGACGAAGAGGAUGAAGCAGUUCUCACGGACAUGGCCGAAUUUCUCGAGGACAAAUUCUUCGCCGAGAAGAAGCGCAUCGAAGCCAAGCGGGUUGAUUUAUCCACCAACGAGUUGCGACCUACAUUACUGUUUCCCGAGCUUUCCCGACUUGUCGCCAUGCGUGCGAUGGUCAAUGAUCUCAGCUACCGGUCUCGAACAGGCGCAGAGAAGAAGGAGACCGCCACUAAGACAAAGGAAGUACCGUGUGAAGUGGAGCAAGCGCUACCUCAGCCACCUCCAGAAGAAGUUGUCCUACCUCAAGACGAAGACGGUGAUCAACUCAUGUCCGAUGGCUGCAGUUCGACAGAAUCAUCGCUGGACCGCAUGUCUACACCAGAUCCUGAGUCCCUUCCGUACCUGGAAAAAGGCUUCUCGACACCAUUGUCGGACGCGGACCCGUUCAGUGUCACCAAUCGCGAGAUUCCCGAAGAGGCUAUCAAAAAUAUUCUCAAAAAGGACGUCGAUGCUGAGGCUCUUGAUCAACUUCGAAUGGAACAAGAGUUCAGGGAGCUGUACAUGGAAUGGAGAAAGAGUGUCAACCGGCUCGACAGAGAAAGGGAUGAGGCGGAGCGUGCAGCUAAGCAAUGCUCACCCGAAUCAAAUCCGCCACUAUCGACCUCAGAUGUGGCGGGGCCAUCGCUUACCACGUCUUCUGAAGGGGGUAGACGAGCACAUAGGUUUGCCAGCGAGUACGAGUUACAGCGAGUCAUGGAAAUAUCAUUACGAGAAGAAGAAGAGAAGAAGCAGAAGGAUCUCGCAUUAAAGGAAGCCCAGGUCAGUGCAACUGCCGACCGAGAAGCUGAGAUUCCGGACUUGCUUCCACCGAGCGUGGCAAAACGACGGAUCUUUAAAGACGUUAGCCAAGCGCGGCGUCCACAAGACGCUCUUCGCAUCUUCGAUUUCGUUCCUCCAGUAGACGACUUCAGCGAGGAGGAAGACCGCAUCAUGCGGGAAGUUUACAAAGAAUACACGAAACAAUGGGGCAAGAUUGCAAAAGCGGUAGGCCGAACAUACAAGGAAUGCAUCAAUCACUACUACGCGUCUAAAUGGGACCGCCGCUACAAGUCACGAGUCGGUGGAAAACGAGGACGUGGUGCACGAGGCGGCAGGAAGCCUGCCGGCCGUCAGGCACGAAGUGCUUUGGUUCCUGCUGAAGACGCGGCCGAAACCGAUGCGAAUGGCACUCCUAUGAUGACCGAGUCCGGACGUCCACGGCGUGCAGCAGCCCCAACGUGGCCGAAAGAUUCCGAUCAGGAUCAAAAUGGCGCGAACAGUGCAACAGGUAAACGAGGCGCCAAAGGGGAUGGGAAAGAUGGCGAAGCAGUAACUGAAAAGGCUAGUCGGAGGAAGGCGAAGGAGAAGGCUCCUAAAAAGACUGCUCGCAAUCAGCCUCUCGCCGCACGUCCGACGACCUCUCCACAAAAGGUGGAUCGAGACAUCAAAGACAAGCAGAUCCAAACUCCAGAAUUGGAGAAUGCUUGGCAGUUCAAGGAAACUGGCGCAACCGGACAGACAGAGCAUAUACCGCCUCUAAUGCCACAGCCUCAUGUGUAUCCAGAAGCCAAUUUGACAGGCUACCGAGAGGUCGGAGACGUAGGCUCUGUUGCGCCACCUGCAGAACGUCCACGGUCGCAUAGCAACGCCACGCAAAGACAAGGCCCAUCGAGCUACUGGUCUGUGACCGAUGAGCAAGAAUUUAUUCAUUGGCUAAAGCAUUAUGGUACCGACUUUCAGGCAAUCUCAAGUCACAUGGGCACCAAGACCUCUACAAUGCUCAAGAAUCGAUAUCAAAAGUUUGUAAAUGAUGGGAAGCAUGGGGAGUUGAUUCGAAUAGUGAACGAAGUCACGCAGCGUCGAAGUCGAGGCGAAGAUAUGGGGCCCCCUCCAAUGCCUCCACAAGCACCCAAUCGUCAUGGACGUUACGAGGUUCCCAGCGCGACACUUCCCCGAAACCUUGCGCCAAGCAACGAAGUUGCAGAAUCCGACCAGUCAACCUCAGUACCUGUCACUGUUUCAUAUGGCAUGUCGCCGCCGUUUGGUCCUCGGCCCAAUAUUCCCCAACAAGUCCAACGCAACACACCUGCUCAGGCUACUAACGCUUCAGGACAUCGACCUCGCCAAGUCGGCCCAAUACUCGGUUUCUUUGGAGACGAUGUUCGUACUUCUCAGCCGCAAAGCAAUACUAUUCGGCCACUCAUCGCGCCACCUGAGGAGCCUCAAGGACAGAGAGCACCGGAGAGGAUCAAAACCGAAUUUCGGCCGGUGGAGCAUGAUCGAGAGCUGUUAGGCAGGCAAGAACGCGAGCGUGAGCGCGAGCGCGAGCGCAUCGAGCGUGAAUAUGAAGACAUACGGAGACGGCAGGUGGAGAUUGGUGCCCGUAACGCUCAGAUCGCAGCUGAAAGGCGCGAGCAGGAGCGUGUGUACCAGCAUCCUGGUCCGUCGGGGCACACAUCGCAAACCAGCAUUCAUAGCAUUCCUGUUGCUCCCGAACAUGGUAGGCAUGACUCACGUCAGCACGUUUUCCCCCCUCAGAUGCCAGCUGCGGCUGUGCAUACUACUCGCAAUGUCAUCGUCGAUCUUACCGGACCCCAAGCAGCUCCAAUGGCAGGGCAAUCAGAGCGACGACCGCAAUCUCCACCAAGGCAUCAUGCACUCCCGCCACUUGCCCAACAACCACAGGCUCCUCCGCCAGCAGCUCCAAGCCCGACUCCGCCAUCAGCUGCCUCCAAAGAGGCGCCGAGAAGGUCGAAUCUAAUGUCGCUGUUGAAUGUGGAGCCUGAGCCCGAGAAACCUAAAGCCCAGGCUCGCGUCGCUGAGCCCGUCAUACCUGCAGUUGCGCCGUAUCGUAUCAGUGCAACCAUGCAGAGCGAGACAGCGCAAACAGCGGCGACGGCCCGCGAUGCAAUGGCUGAUCGACCGUAUUCGCGCCCGACUUACCCACCGACAGGUCUUUCCGCUUCAUCGUUGUCGACGCCGACAAACGAAUCAGGAGGAAGAGAGUCGUUACCGCCCAUGGCUCAUCGCGACAGUUGGUCUAGCCGCCAAGCAUCCCAUUUCCCUCAAACAAACUCGCCUGGGCUGCAUGCGCAACACGUCGCACACAGCCAAGAACGCGCACCAUUGUUCUCCAAUCGUGACUAUCGAUCAACUGCGUUCGGUGCCCUCAAUGGACCCAAUCGCGCUCAGCCUUCUCCUCCACCUGCUUCGACUCCAUUUGGACAGCAUUCCCGAACACCUUCGUACAGCCACCCAGCACACCAGACGCCGACUUCAUCCGUUCCAGUUGCACCAGCCGUCCCUCCACCAGCACUGCAUGCAGGCCAUUAUGGGCAGAGAGAACCGCUUGCUCCAGGCCAUUCUCCUCAUCUCGGACCCCAGCACCAUCCACCGUCAAACACUCGUCCAGAAUUUGGCAUUCAUCAACGCCUGCAAGAACAACCCCGAGAAGCGCUUUUUGACAGGCUUAGGGAGCGGGAGCGAGAUCGUGAGCACUUUGACUACGCUGCUGCGCGUGAGCGCGACCAACGAGAACGAGAACAAGCAUUGAGGGAGAGAGAGUAUCAGGAACAGAUGGCACAUCAGCAACGGUACGGACAUCAUACCCCGCCAGUAAACCAAUCAAGGUACCCUCCCCCUCAGGCGGUACCAGAACGCAGCACGGCUACGCCGCUGUCUCACGUCGGAUACCCGCCACCACAGGACCAUCACGCGCAGGCUGUUCAGCGACAGUAUGAUUACAAUCAGGAGCUGCAACGACGUGAUUUCGAACGUGAGCGCUCGAGACAAAACAGGAUUCAACAAGCCGCAGCAGACGCCGAAGUGCUACAGCGAAGGGCUCGCAUGGAAGCCGAAGUAAGGCGUGUGCAUGAGCAGCAACAAUACCGUAGACCGGAGGAGCAAAGAUAUCCUGGCAUGCCGCCUCGAUAGAAGUGUGGCGUUUCGUAUAUCUAAGCAACUUUUGUCGGAGUUCUACAGCUGUUUUUCAUUUGUAUACUACCAUCGAGCACGGAGUACACGGAGGACAAAGAUCACGCAUGGUAUGACUUUUUUGGGCAACGUAUGUAAAUACCCAGCCGAUGGUGGACGAUUUUGGUACAUUUGUUUUGGUGUCAUGGACGCACUCUGUGAGUGCCAAUUGAUCUUGUAUACUACCGUAUGUCCGUGGAAGCGCAAAUCAGAACGUCGUACUUUCGAAACA